GCCUCGUCCCGAUUUCCCUUUGCCUCUCUUUCGGGAACGAGAGAGGUGGAGGGAGGCAACGAGGUUGCAAAGGAGAGGCCCGCCAAAUCGGCCCGCCUGCAAAGUGUUGCUUUGACACAUCCUUAUUAUGGAACUUUAGUGAAAAAACUCUGGACGUGGAGCUGCUACCCAGACGGAGACCGGGGGAAAGGAAACCAGUGGGCAGGCCAAUGUUUUUUUUCGGCAGCGCGCUGGCAAGUUUGUGGAACACUUUCUAGGAAUUAGGUCUUUUUCCUCUCCCGUCAUCUUCUUGACUUCUGAAGAACGAACUUGGCUUUGGAUUGCCAUGGAGCCUGAGGAGAGGGGGUUAGACACACUUGAAUAAUCCCUCCGGCUGGGCUGAAUUCGUGGGAAUUUAGGAAGCCACAGUGAGGAAAUACAGCAGCCUUGGGAGUGCUCUCUGUUAAUUUGGAUGGAUCUAAAUGUGCCCCAUUCAAGACCUCUCCACUAACCCAUUCUGAUCUUGCCAUUUGCUCUUCUUGACUUUAAUUAGCAGCUAGAAAAGUCUAAACUUUGGACCUACCUCUUUUUUUGAUACUUAUUUUUGUACUUUUGCUCUCUGGGAUUGGUUUCUUAAACAAUCUGGAUCCUUUUUAAUAUGUCAAAAUGAGUCGGCUGAUGUUUACACAACUACUGCUCUGUGGAUUUUUAUAUGUUCGGGUUGAUGGAUCUCGUCUUCGCCAGGAAGACUUUCCCCCGCGGAUUGUGGAGCACCCUUCCGAUGUCAUUGUCUCCAAGGGAGAGCCCACCACGUUGAACUGUAAGGCCGAGGGCCGGCCAACGCCCACCAUUGAGUGGUACAAGGAUGGUGAGCGGGUGGAGACUGACAAGGAUGAUCCCCGGUCCCACAGGAUGCUUCUGCCCAGCGGAUCCUUAUUCUUCUUGCGCAUUGUGCAUGGGCGCAGAAGUAAACCUGAUGAAGGAAGCUACGUGUGUGUUGCAAGGAACUAUCUUGGCGAAGCAGUGAGUCGAAAUGCAUCUCUGGAAGUGGCAUUGUUACGAGAUGACUUCCGGCAAAAUCCCACAGAUGUUGUAGUGGCAGCCGGAGAGCCUGCAAUCCUGGAGUGCCAACCUCCCCGGGGACACCCAGAACCCACCAUCUACUGGAAAAAAGAUAAAAUUCGAAUUGACGACAAGGAAGAAAGAAUAAGUAUCCGUGGUGGAAAACUAAUGAUCUCCAAUACCAGGAAAAGUGAUGCAGGGAUGUAUACCUGUGUUGGCACCAAUAUGGUGGGAGAAAGAGACAGUGAUCCAGCAGAGCUGACUGUCUUUGAACGACCCGCUUUUCUCAGGAGGCCAAUUAACCAGGUGGUGCUGGAGGAAGAAGCUGUAGAGUUUCGUUGUCAGGUCCAAGGAGAUCCUCAACCAACUGUGCGGUGGAAAAAGGAUGACGCAGACUUGCCAAGAGGAAGGUAUGACAUCAAAGAUGAUUACACACUGAGAAUUAAAAAGGCCAUGAGUACAGAUGAAGGCACAUAUAUGUGUAUUGCUGAGAAUCGGGUUGGAAAAGUGGAAGCUUCUGCUACCCUCACAGUCCGAGCUCGCCCUGUUGCUCCUCCACAGUUUGUGGUUAGGCCAAGAGAUCAGAUUGUUGCUCAAGGUCGUACAGUGACAUUUCCCUGUGAAACUAAAGGAAACCCACAGCCAGCAGUUUUUUGGCAAAAAGAAGGCAGCCAGAACCUGCUUUUCCCAAAUCAACCCCAACAGGCCAACAGCAGAUGUUCUGUGUCGCCAGCCGGGGACCUUACAAUUACCGACACUCAGCGCUCGGACGCGGGUUACUACAUCUGCCAGGCCCUAACCGUGGCAGGAAGCAUUUUAGCAAAAGCUCAGCUGGAAGUUACUGAUGUUUUGACAGAUAGACCUCCACCUAUAAUUCUACAAGGCCCAGCCAACCAAACGCUAGCAGUAGAUGGUACAGCAUUACUGAAAUGUAAAGCUACUGGUGACCCUCUUCCUGUAAUUAGCUGGCUAAAGGAGGGAUUUACUUUUCUGGGUAGAGAUCCAAGAGCAACUAUACAAGAACAAGGAACCUUGCAGAUUAAGAAUUUACGGAUUUCUGAUACUGGCACUUAUACUUGUGUGGCUACAAGUUCAAGUGGGGAGACUUCCUGGAGUGCUGUGCUGGAUGUGACAGAAUCUGGAGCAACAAUCAGUAAAAAUUAUGAUUUUAAUGACCUGCCUGGACCACCAUCCAAACCACAGGUCACUGAUGUUACUAAGAACAGUGUCACCUUGUCCUGGCAACCAGGUACCCCUGGAACCCUACCAGCAAGUGCAUAUAUCAUUGAGGCUUUCAGCCAAUCAGUGAGCAAUAGCUGGCAGACAGUGGCAAACCACGUAAAGACCACCCUCUAUACAGUGAGAGGACUGCGGCCCAAUACAAUCUAUUUAUUCAUGGUGAGAGCAAUCAACCCCCAAGGUCUCAGUGACCCAAGUGCUAUGUCAGAUCCUGUGCGCACACAAGAUAUCAGCCCACCAGCACAGGGAGUGGACCAUAGACAAGUCCAGAAAGAACUCGGCGACGUCCUUGUCCAUCUUCAUACUCCAGUUGUAUUGACUCCCACCACUGUUCAAGUCACGUGGACGGUUGAUCGCCAACCCCAGUUUAUUCAAGGCUACCGAGUGAUGUACCGUCAGACUUCAGGCCUGCAGGCUACAUCAACGUGGCAGAAUUUAGAUGCUAAAGUCCCGACUGAGCGAAGUGCUGUCUUAGUCAAUCUGAAAAAGGGGGUGACUUAUGAAAUUAAAGUUCGACCAUAUUUUAAUGAGUUCCAAGGAAUGGACAGUGAAUCUAAAACAGUUCGUACUACUGAAGAAGCCCCAAGUGCCCCUCCACAAUCUGUCACUGUGCUGACUGUCGGAAGCCACAAUAGCACAAGUAUUAGUGUUUCCUGGGAUCCUCCUCCUCCUGAUCAUCAGAAUGGAAUUAUCCAAGAAUACAAGAUCUGGUGUCUGGGGAAUGAAACACGAUUCCACGUCAACAAAACUGUGGAUGCAGCCAUUCGAUCUGUAAUAAUUGGUGGAUUAUUCCCAGGUAUUCAAUACCGGGUAGAGGUUGCAGCUAGUACCAGUGCAGGAGUUGGAGUAAAAAGUGAGCCACAGCCAAUAGUAAUUGGGGGAAGGAAUGAAGUUGUCAUUACUGAAAACAAUAACAGCAUAACUGAGCAAAUCACUGAUGUUGUGAAGCAACCAGCUUUUAUAGCUGGUAUUGGUGGUGCCUGCUGGGUAAUUCUGAUGGGUUUUAGCAUCUGGUUGUAUUGGCGAAGAAAGAAGAGAAAGGGACUCAGUAAUUAUGCCGUUACAUUUCAAAGAGGAGAUGGAGGACUAAUGAGCAAUGGAAGCCGCCCAGGUCUUCUAAAUGCUGGUGAUCCCAGUUAUCCGUGGCUUGCUGAUUCAUGGCCAGCCACGAGCUUGCCAGUAAACAACAGCAGUAGUGGCCCAAAUGAGAUUGCGAAUUUUGGGCGUGGAGAUGUGCUGCCACCAGUUCCAGGCCAAGGGGAUAAAACGGCAACAAUGCUCUCAGAUGGAGCCAUUUAUAGCAGCAUUGACUUCACGACCAAAACCACUUACAACAGUUCCAGCCAAAUAACACAGGCUACUCCAUAUGCCACUACACAGAUAUUGCAUUCCAACAGCAUACAUGAAUUGGCUGUCGAUCUGCCUGAUCCACAGUGGAAAAGCCCAAUUCAGCAAAAAACAGAUCUGAUGGGAUUUGGUUAUUCUCUACCUGAUCAGAACAAAGGUAACAAUGGUGGGAAAGGUGGAAAAAAGAAGAAAAAUAAAAACUCUUCUAAAGCACAGAAAAACAAUGGAUCAACCUGGGCCAGUGUUCCGCUACCUCCUCCCCCAGUCCAGCCCCUUCCUGGUACAGAGCUGGAACACUAUGCAGUGGAACUGCAAGAAAAUGGCUAUGACAGUGAUAGCUGGUGCCCACCAUUACCAGUACAAACUUAUUUACACCAGGGUAUGGAAGAUGAACUCGAAGAAGAUGAUGAUCGUGUCCCAACACCUCCUGUCCGAGGCGUGGCUUCUUCCCCUGCUAUUUCCUUUGGACAGCAGUCCACUGCAACUCUAACUCCCUCCCCACGGGAAGAGAUGCAGCCCAUGCUGCAGGCUCACCUGGAUGAGUUGACAAGGGCCUAUCAGUUUGACAUAGCAAAGCAAACAUGGCAUGUUCAAAGCAAUAAUCAACCUCCGCAGCCCCCGGUUCCACCAUUAGGUUACAUGUCCGGAGCUUUGAUUUCCGAUUUGGAAACAGAUGUUCCAGAUGAUGAUGCUGAGGAUGAAGAGGAAGCUUUAGAAAUCCCCAGGCCCCUGAGAGCACUAGAACAGACGCCCGGAUCCAGUACGGACAAUCUAGACAGCUCUGUGACAGGUUCAAUGGUAAAUGGAUGGGGCUCUGCAUCUGAUGAGGACCGUAACUUUUCUAGUCAUAGAUCUAGUGUAGGUAGCUCAUCAGAUGGCUCCAUCUUUGCCAGCGGCAGUUUUGCACAAGCACUGGUGGCAGCAGCAGAUAAAGCUGGUUUUAGGCUGGAUGGAACCAGCCUUACAAGAACAGGCAAAGCCUUUACCUCCUCUCAAAGACCUCGACCAACCAGCCCAUUUUCUACUGACAGUAACACCAGUGCAGCCAUGAGUCAAAGUCAGAGGCCUCGGCCCACUAAAAAACACAAGGGAGGGCGAGUGGACCCACAACCAGCAUUGCCUCACCGAAGGGAAGGAAUGACAGAUGAUCUUCCACCACCACCAGAUCCCCCUCCCGGUCAGGGUUUAAGGCAGCAAAUAGGCCCGAGCCAGCAUGCUGGUAACGUGGAAAACUCAACAGAGAGAAAAGGAAGCUCUCUGGACAGACAGCAAGCAUCCAACUUAGAAGACACAAAGAGCUCUUUGGAUUGUCCAGCUAAAACAUCCCUAGAGUGGCAGCGACAAACCCAGGAAUGGAUAAACUCCACAGAACGUCAAGAAGACAUACGGAAAGCCCUCCACAAACAAGGUGUUGGACCAGAGGAGACCUUGGUGCCCUACAGCAAGCCCAGUUUCCCAUCUCCAGGGGGUCAUAGCUCAUCAGGAACGGCUUCUUCUAAGGGAUCCACUGGACCUAGGAAAGCCGAGGCAUUGAGGGGAAGCCACCAGCGCAAUGCCAGCGACCUUCUUGACAUAGGAUAUAUGGGCUCAAAUAGUCAAGGACAGUUUACAGGUGAAUUAUAGUAACUGAGAGGAGACAUGCAAAGCUGCUCUGAAGGACCAUCAGGUCUGAACUCAUGGAAGUGAUGACACUAGACAGUGCAAUGAACAAUUUCUAUUUAUGUACUAUUAACAGAACUGUAAAUGCAAUGUAAAGACACACAGCCACACAUAUCCCACAGAUAUCUUACUUGUGUUCUUCUCUUAAGUACACCACCCACCUUAACUCUUUCUUGUCAGGAGUAUAUAAAAAAAGAAAGAAAACAAAGCUCGCCCUCCAGGAAGAAAAGGAUUUUCCUCUGUAUAUAAUUUCUUUCGUGCAUUGCUAUGCAAGCUCACUCUUUUUAGCUCUGUUCAUAUUAUUGUCUGUUCUUAUUGGUCUGUUGUACUAUAUGUGAAUUAAUAGGCUGUGGUGCCAUAUAUUAACUUUUAAUUGUGUAACUUUUAUGUUUAAAUUUUGCACUGCAAUUUUAUUUGGUGAUAAGCACAAAUCUCUACUCCUCGUGACAUGAAGAAAAAGACUGAAUGUGAAGGGAGUUUCUGUACUGUAAGCUAGGUUGGAUAAUGCUGGUUGUAACCAAUCACGUUAGGGGGUUUUCAGUUGGGGUGUAGAAAUAGGAAAGAUGCAAAGGAACAGUGGUGUUGGCGAACUCUUCUUGGAACAUCAGGGACUGAGUCAAUAAAAAACAAGCAGAAAGGUGGCUUUUACUAUUGACAAAAGCAGGGGUCAAAAGAAGGAAGUUGAAGUCUUAAGACUGAAUAGGCAUUAAAAUAUACAGGUAGCAAUGAUGUACUAAACUUGCUUUAAAAAAAAGAAAUUAAAGUUAUAUUUAGAAUCAACUUUACCUGUCAUUGUAAUUGACCCAUCUGAGAACUACAACAAGCAAAAGGAAAUUCAGGUGUUUCACAAGAGCUGUAUUUAUGUUACAGUUUUUUUAAAAAAGCAUUUUCUGAAUUACCAUAACUAAUCUCUCCAACUCAUUAAGUCAGAAUAUAAUAUGAAGUUCCGCAAGGAAACAAACAGAAUGAACUCUAGAGUAUCUAGCAAAUAGUUAAAGAGGCAAUUUAUUAUUAGGACAUACUCGAGCUGCUUCCAAAUAUAAAAACUCUAUUGCAAUAUCAUCUUGUUUCAUCUUUCUAAUACAUGUACAGUACACACUAGAGGAUAGAGCUGCAUCACUUAAAUUCAUGAUUUUUUAAAAAUAAUGCAGUCUAUACACAAUUUUGUGUUUUAUUUGAUUAAGAAGUGAAGUUAUGCCACCAAAUAUAUAGCCAAAUUGUAAGUGCUUAAAAAGCAGUCCUCAGAGUAUGUUCAGUUCACAGUAAGUAGAGUUAUUGGAAUAAAUAUGUUAUGGUACAUUCUCAAAAAUUGGCUACCAACUAAAAUAUGUUUGACCCAUUUUGAAUGAGUAAAUCGAAAAGAAAAAUUUUAAAGAAGAAAAAUGCAUGUUUAUACACUUUUUAAAUAAACCAAACCUCGUAAGUGGACAUUAAUAACAGUGUCCUGCCUCAUUUGUUUACACGACUUUGAGAACAAGAAGUUCCUGAACAUCAGUCAGGUAUCGUCCAAAUGAAUAUGACUUUGAAAUAUAUGUUAGCUACUGUACAUGUAUAGUCAAUCAGUCAAGUAGAAGAGAACUUCCCUGAAUUUCCCAAACUUUCCUGAAAUUCCCACUUGUGACAUUUUUCUAUGUGCUGCCUACACAAUUGUAAAUUCUACUUCUAGUUAUACUUUCUCAUGUUUUUCCUAUGAUGUGUUCAGUAGUUGGUACUAUGAAAAAUAUUCAAUGUAAUGAUUAGGAUCGGUUCUAAAAUAUGGGGCCAGUUUGAAUGACAGUUCAUACUCCGUGCAUUAUUGGCUCAGUCACCAAUUGUGUGUCGUAUUGUUAUAGCAAAGGAAGGACACAGUUCAAUGUUUCCAUCUUUUUUAUUCCCCGAGACUGCAUCAACACAGGCAAGAGUAGAGGAACAUAAUGUUCUUUAUGGGACCAACAUCUGCUUGGUCCCAUGUAGUUCAUUUCUUCAUAGAAGAGAAAAAAAAUUCUGAGACCCACUUACUUACUAAUCCCUUUAUCAACUUUCCACCAUCAGUGCCUGAAUUUUAAUGCAGUUUGAUUUCUCUGGGACAGAGAGACUGGGGAAGAUGAGAAGUGUCUGUGAAGAAUGAAUACAUACUUAUUCACAGCUCUAAGAUGUGAGGAAUUUAAUUAUUUAUGCAGUUCCCUACUUCACCUCUUUCUAUUUAAAACAAAGUUUUGUUUGUUUUUCUUUCCUCUUUAUGCUCCUCUAUAACCCAGUUUAGCCUAAAACUUUCAUUACGCAUAUUACACAUAAACUUUUACCCCUGGUAACUGGCAGGUGUAUGUGACUAAUAAACUAAGACUUCAAAAGCAGAGUAUGUGUAUGCGGGUGGUUUCUGGAGUAAUGCAGGGCAGAGCAUCGUACCUUCCUGAUUGUCUUCAGUGCAUAAAAAUUAACUGUUUUGGUUAGAUUAUAUCAGGCCUUAUGGUUACUUGGAAUGUUCUUUUACAACAGUUCACAUCCUCUGUUAAGUCUAGUUUUAAAUUAAUUGAUUUCAGUCUAAUAUUGCACCCAAAAUAUCCUCCUCCGUAGAUAUAAAGCAAGAAAAAAUACCGUGGCAAUUCACAUGAAUUCGGGAACACUACCGAAAGUCAAAAGCCUUUGUCAACUUGCUAUACGUAAAAAGCUUCCAAUAAGGACAAGUCAGAGUAUCAUGAGAGCUACCAUGAAUUUUUUUCAUUUUUGAAGCCAGUUAAAUGCACGUGGAAAUUCACAGAGCUCACUCUUGUGCAGGUCUAAACAGAAGCCUGCAUAAGCUGUCAGAAGGAAGCCUGGGUGGGAGAGAGCAUAGUCUUAUCUUGCAUCACUGGCAGCGCUGCUAUGCAAUCACGCCCAACACAAGCACAGCUCCAUUCUCAACAUGCAAGGUCUGCACGGGGGCCAUGGCCCAAUCAGUGCUCCAACUCAGGUGUGCCUCAGUGUAUGCAGGCAGAGUCGCCCUACCCCUUCUCCAAAUCUUCCCCGUGCUGUAUUUAAAGUAAGGUGGGAGAGUACGGGGGCAUGAAAACAAUUGAUUUCUUCACAGGAUUUGAAUCCAGUUCAAAGGAGAAUAUAGGAAAAUCCAGACCAACCUUUAAGAUAUCCUGUAACCAAAGGGAAGUAAAAGCAUUGCAAGUUGACUUUCUCUGUAACAAAACAUUAAAUGGUGUUCUAUGUCCUAGUCUAAUGCUCUGGCUAUUUAAAUAUACCUUCAAUGGGAUUUGAGUUGAAAGUUUGUAUGAGUUUAAUAGAACACCUCCAAAUUUCUAUUCAACAAAGUUAUGUAAUUGUCCAUUGACAACAUAAUUAUAAUACCAAUGAGCUCUUAACUGUGGUUUCUCCACUGGAAAGUGAUUGUGUGUCAGUAUUAAAGAUAUGCAGAACCGUAACAUUCACUGAUUUGUUCAUCUGCUUCUGUAUAUUGUAUUUAUAGAAUUACAUGACAAGAAUUGGUGUAAAGCAACAUGUCUUUCCACAUUAUCUUAGAGGUGAAGUUACUUUUAUUUUGCUUCUCUGCGAUAUGUACUUCAAAUGAAACACCAUAAUUUUUACUAAUGAAGUUCAAUUUUUUCUUAUCUCAUAAUUUUCAGAAGCAUUUAUUGUGACUUUAAAGUGUUGCAAGAUAAGGGAUUUUGUGGCCGUGGGUAGACUUUUUAUACUUUGUUUUAUAGAUGUACUUUUCUUUUAACUGUAGUUUGUUUAAGUCACCAAACAGUGUCCAAAAUCUUAAUGUGUUUCAUUUGAUGUUGUUAGAUCGGAAAAGAAAUUGGCAUAAAAUUGAUUAAUAGUAUUGUCAAAGAAUUGUGUAUUGUGUAC